GUUUCGCGAAGGGGCCCCCUCCUGCGCCGAAGCUUCCGCCCGGCUUUUUCCGGAAAGAGCGCGAGAGAGCCUCUUCCUUCCCGUCAGCUAAGCGACGGCUUCUCCUCGGUUCCCUCUUCGCUCGCUACCGCCGGCUCCUUCCUCAUCGCUUCUCGGCCAUGGCUCUGCUGUGCUACAACCGGGGCUGCGGGCAGCGCUUCGACCCCGAGGCCAACGUGGGCGAGUCCUGUACCUAUCACCCAGGAGUACCAGUCUUUCAUGAUGCUCUUAAAGGCUGGUCAUGCUGUAAAAGAAGGACCACAGACUUUUCUGACUUCUUAAGCAUUGCAGGCUGUACAAAGGGCUUACAUAAUAGUGAGAAGCCCCCUGAACCUGUCAAACCUGAAGUUAAAACUACCUCUGAGCGAAAGGAGUUAGCUGACCUGAAACCUAAAUUUCAAGAACACAUAAUUCAGGCACCAAAGCCUGUGGAAGCAAUACAGAGGCCUAGCCCAGAUGAGCCGAUGAGUUGCUUGCAGCUGAAAGUAUCUGCUUCCUUGAAGCAAGCAUUAGAGAAGCUAAAGCUGUCGUCGGGCAACGAAAUAAAAAAAGAGGAUGAUAGUGAUGAGAUAAAGAUUGGGACUCCAUGUAAAAAUUCAGGCUGUAAAAAGACAUUUGAAGGACCACACAGCAUGGAAGAAACAUGUACAUACCACGCAGGUGUCCCUAUAUUCCAUGAAGGGAUGAAAUACUGGAGUUGCUGCAAGAGGAAAACAUCAGACUUCAAUACUUUCUUGUCUCAAGAGGGUUGUGCGGCAGGAAUACAUGCAUGGAUUAAGAAGGAUGCUGAGAAAAAAGUGGUUCCAUGCAGGCACGAUUGGCAUCAAACUGGAGGUGAAGUGACAAUUUCUAUUUAUGCCAAGAAUUCCAUUCCUGAGCUUAGUCACGUAGAAGCAAAUAGCACGGUGUUAAAUAUCCAUAUCGUCUUUGAAGGUGAUAAGGAAUUUAAUCAGAAUCUGAAUCUAUGGGGUGUGAUUGAUGUGAAAAGGAGCUACGUAAAUAUGACGGCUACAAAGAUUGAGCUCACGAUGAGGAAAGCUGAGCCCAUGUUAUGGGCAGGCUUGGAACUCCCAGUAUCCAAAGUAAAACCAAAAGAGCAGCAAGAAAUUGCGGCGCAAGCUUGAAAUCCGAGAAGAGGCCAGUUUUUGCCCCUGGUGAAGUGGCGACUUUGCUGUUUUAAUGUAACUUAAUUUUACGCAUAACCACAAAAAAGUUGCAUUCCAGAUUGGGUGUAGUUCUAGGCUUUUCAGUAGCACAAUGGUUGUUUUGCUUGUUGUACUGGAUCUUCCCCAGACAGUUUAGGCUGGUGCUCAUGGAAGUGUUGUGGGUGUGAGCAGCAGCAGUUGGAACCAACAGCCACAGACACCUGUAGAAGAUGCCCUUUGCCACCUUCUCAGCACAGCUGUUGCUCAUUGGUUCUCUCCCCCUGGCAAGUCCCGGUUUUUAACACCAGAAAAAGGGCUGAGGAAAUUCUUUGUUUAUUCCUCCCUAUUGCAGGGCAGAGUUAUGCAACCUUUUAUUUGCUUAAGGCUGUGUUCUGUUGUGAGUACUUACUGCUUACUGGCAGUGUAUAGGGCCGAGCUCAAUGUUCACGACCUAAUACAGCUGUCAGUUUUGUCAGCUGCUGCAACAAUCAACCCUGAGCCCUUUCAACAUAUAGGAUUAGUUGGCAAGCUGGAGACUGGACCACGACUUUUAGUUUUAGAAUUCCAAAGCUGUACAUGCAUCCUGGUUCAGCAUCAACAUAUGUUCAUAUUGUGGUCCACACUGUGUUAAGAUUUCCUCAGUGCUUGAAAUGUUAUUCAGCCAAGUCACCACUUCAGCAGCCUGUGCUCUUUAAUUGUAUUGCCUUGAAAAGAAUUGGUUCUGUGUAAUAAUGCAGCUACUUGCUUUAAAUUAUAGCAUGACGAUUAAAAAGAUGCAUAUACAACAGUGGUUAAGUUAAAUCAGUUUUUCCAUAUUGCGGCCGUGAAUUUCAUUUGUAUAGGGAAACUGGGAAAAGUAGGUGUCUGGAACACCUAAAAAACCCUUAAGGUUCUUU